GAGAGAACUUAGUUUACAAUUUGCUAUUUGGGCAAAUGCUUGAGCAGUGAGACUGAAGUAGGUUCCGUAUGGAUUUUGGUUUCCAUAUAUUUAUAUUUAGCUUUGACUCGCAGUCGCACCAAAGCUCUAAACAGCCAUUCAGUCCGAUACUCAGCGAAUUCAUUGCGAUCAAUUUUCCAAGAUAAUACUAUACUCUGCUGAACGCUUUUCUGCUGUAUCAAAUGGAGUCUGAAAGGUUAAAUUUGCCCACUACAUUUUCAAUGAGUUUGGAAGUGAUGGGCCAUGAGUUGCAGUUUUCUCAGGAUCCAAACUCCAAGCAUUUAGGAACAACAGUUUGGGAUGCAUCACUUGUAUUUGUUAAAUUUCUGGAAAAGAAUUGCAGAAGGGGAAAGUUCAGCCCAUCUAAACUCAAAGGAAAACGUGUUGUUGAACUUGGAGCAGGAUGUGGAGUAGCUGGGUUUGGCAUGGCAUUACUUGGAUGUGAUGUAGUUAUGACAGACCAAAAGGAGGUUUUACCAUUGUUAAGAAGAAAUGUAGAACGUAACACUUCAGCGAUCGCGCAGUUGAAUCCUGAUUCAUUUGGUUCCAUCAAGGUUGCAGAGUUAAGCUGGGGAAAUGAAGAUGAUAUAAGGGCUGUUGGUCCACCAUUUGACUACAUCAUAGGCACUGAUGUUGUUUAUGCAGAACAUCUCUUACAACCACUGUUGCAAACAAUAUCUGCAUUAUCGGGACCAAAAACUACAUUGAUGGUGGGCUACGAAAUCCGUUCUACUAUUGUCCAUGAACAAAUGCUUAACAUGUGGAAAGAGAAUUUUGAGGUGAAAAUUGUUCCCAAUUCUAAGAUGGAUGACACUUACCAACAUCCUAGUAUUCAACUCUUCAUUAUGGGAUCAAAACCACAAGCAGGUACCACAGAAAGAAAUUCGAAGGGAAUUGAUCAGAAAACGGAUGAAGUUGAAACAAAUCAUAUCACUUCUGAGGGAUUUAAUAAAACGACUGAUGAAGUUGAAACAAAUCAAAGCUCUUUUAAGGAAAUUGAUCAAACAACAGAUGAAGUUGAAACAAAUCAAGCAAAGUAUGAGACUGGUGGAGGACAUAAUGAGGUGGAGCAAAUCUCUGAGUUUGUCGAUGAAAAAGUUGAGAAGGAUACUGAAGAAGUGAAAAUACCCACAAAUGCAGAACUUAGUCACUGGGAAGUUAGAAGAUAUGGCUCCAUAGCUGCACGGCUUUUGCUAGAUGUCAAAAUUACCAACACGUAGGAGUAAUUGUUGUGACUUGUCAUCUUUGUUUUCGUUCAAUUUAUAAAAAUGGGCAUCACAUGCUUAUCUCGAUCUUAUCGCCUUGUUAUGAUGGUAUUUAAAGAUGCACUACUAGGGUUCAAUUGCAGUCAGGUGCCUAGUUCUUGAAAUGAAGUUUGAUGAACUUUUUCGAUUGGCCUGAUUCAAGAUAUGGAAUGGAUGUUGCUAAA